CAGCACUCUGGGAGGCAGUGGAGGGUGGAUCGGUAGGUAGUUCGAGACCAACCUGGCCAUCGUGGCGAAACCCGUCUCUACUAAAAAUACAAAAAUUAGCUGGGCAUAGUGGCACGUGCCUGUAAUCCCAGCUACUCUGGAAGCUGAGGCAGGAGAAUCGCCUCAAUCCAGGAAGUGGAGUUUGCAGUGAGCCGAGAUUGCACCACUGCACUUCAGCAUGGGCAACACAGUGAAACUCCGUCUCAAAAUAAAUAAUGAAAUAAAAUCUUAGGAAAAUGUGUACAUUAAUUCAUUCAGUGUUCUUCUAACACAUGUGCUAAGUGACCCCUGUGUUCCCAGAUAGUUCUAGGUGAUGCGAAUAUACAGUGAUGAAUAAAGGAGAUAUGGUCUUUACACUUUUGAGAGUUUAAGUCAUAGUGGAAGGAGAUAGACAGUAAACAAGUAAGCUAAUAAAAGAGCACCUGAUAGUGAUUAGUGCUGUGAAGAAAAUAAAAUAUUAGUGUGAAAAUAACAGGGGCCGGGCGUGGUGACUCACGCCUGUAAUCCCACACUUUGGGAGGCCCAGGUGGGCGAAUCACCUGAGGUCAGGAGUUCAAGACCAGCCUGACCAACAUGGAGAAACCCCAUCUCUACUAAAAAUACGAAAUUAGCCGGGGUGGUGGCACAUGCCUGUAAUCCCAGCUACUCAGGAGGCCGAGGCAGGAGAAUCGCUUGAACCCGGGAGGUGGAGGUUGCGGUGAGCCAAGAUCGUGCUUUUGCACUCCAGCCUGGACAACAAGAGCAAAACUCCGUUUCAAAAAAAAAAGAAAAUAACUGGGUGGGAUACUCAGGAAAUGUAUUAGUUUUCUUAAAACCUGUCUUGUGAUCCUAAACUCUCUUUAGCCUUUCUUAUUCUCAAAAACACCAUCUGUGGCGUGGUCCUCUGCGGAGAAUGGUAGCAGCGUGAGGUGGAGGCACCGCAAUCCCUUGUCACCUGGGCCAAAAGCAGCUCAUAGCCCAUUUCUAUUCAGAUCUGUGUACAGGUGUUCAUAAGACCAAGAUGAAUAAGACACUGUGUUCCUGUCAAAGGGUUCAUGUUCCCUUCUGUGUUAGUCCAUUCUUGCACUAAUACUUGAGACUGGAUAAUUUCUAAAGAAAAGAGGUUUAAUUGACCCAUGCUUCUGCAGGCUAUACAGGAAGCAUAGUGGCUUCUGCUUCUGGGGAGACCUCAGGAAGCUUCCAGUUAUGGUGUAAGGCAAAGGGGGAGGGAGGCAUCUCACAUGGCGGGAUUAGGAGCAAGAGGGAGUGAGGGGGGAGAUGCUACACACUUUUAAACAACCAGAUCUUGGGAAAACUCACUAUCACAAGAACAGCACCAAAGGGUUGGUGCUGAACCAUUUAUGAGAAAACCAGCCUCAUGAUCCCACCACCAGCCCCCACCUCCAAUAUGGGGACUACAGUUUGACAGGAGAUUUGGCGGGGACAGAUCCAAACCAUGUCACCUUCAAAGGACUCACCUCCAGCAGGAGGGAGAGAAAGGUCAAUUAGCCAUCGUAGUAUUACUGUAUAGUGAUGAUUGCAGAGCUAGGCAUAGAUGUGGCGCAAGUAACUGUCACCUGUCUUUGGAGGAGAGACCAGAGGAGGAAAUGGAACCCAAAGAUCUGUCUGCCCCCUCAGAGAUGUUGGUAAUUCUGCAUGAAAAACCAGUUUAGUGCUCGCCUCGGCAGCACAUAUACUAAAAUUGGAACGGUACAGAGAAGAUUAGCAUGGCGCCUGCGCAAGGAUGACAUGCAGAUUCGUGAAGCGUUCCAUAUUUUUGUCUCCCUGGACUUCGAGCAGGAGAUGGCCACUACCACAUCCUCCUCCCUGGAGAAGAGCUACAAGCUGCCGGAUGGCCAGGUCAUCACCAUCAGCAACAAGCGGUUCCAGUGUCCGGAGGCGCUGUUCCAGCCUUCCUUCCUGGAUAUGGAAUCUUGCGGCAUCCACGAGACCACGUUCAACUCCAUCAUGAAGUGUGACGUAGACAUCCGCAAAGACCUAUACACCAACGUAGGGCUAUCCAGAGGCACCACCGUGUACCCGGGCAUCACCGACAGGAUGCAGAAGGAGAUUAACGCCCUGGCACCCAGCACCAUGAAGAUCAAGCUCAUUGUGCCCCCAGAGUGCAAGUACUCUGUGUGGAUCAGCGGCUCCAUCCUGGCCUCACUGUCCACCUUCCAGCAGAUGUGGAUUAGCAAGCAGGAGUAUGACGAGUCAGGCCCCUGUAUCAUCCACCGCAAAUGCUUCUAAAUGGACUGCGAGCCGAUGCGUAGCAUUUGCUGCAUGGGUUAAUUCAGAAGUAUAAAUUGGCCCUGGCAAAUGCAUAUACCUCAUGCUAGCCUCACGAAAAUGGAAUAAGCCUUCGAAAAGAAAUUGUCGUUGAAGCUUGUAUCUAAUAUCAGCACUGGAUUGUAGAACUUGUUGCUGAUUUUGACCUUGUAUUCAAGUUAACUGUUCCCCUUGGUAUUUGUUUAAUACCCUGUACAUAUCUUUGCUUUCAACCCUUAGUACACGUGGCUUGGUCACUGCGUGGCAAGGUAAGAAUGUGCUUGUGGAAGACAAGUCUGACUUGGUGAGUCUGCAUGGCCAGCAGUCUCCGAUCUUUGCAGGGUAUUAAUAUGUCAUGGCUGAGUGUUCUGGGAUUUCUCUAGAGGCUGACAAGGGCUCCUGAACCAGUUGUUUCUGUCCUGCUGGUCUGUCAGGGUUGGAAAGGCCAAGCCAUAGGACCCAGUUUCCUUUCUUAGCUGAUGUUUUCCUGCCAGAACACUGUGGGCUGUGACUUGCUUUGAGUUGGAAGCAGUUUGCAUUUACACCUGUAAAUGUAUUCAUCCUUUUAAUUUAUGUAAGGUUUUUUUUUGUAUGCAAUUCUCGAUUCUUUAAGGAGAUGAGAACAGAUUUUGGUUUUCUACUGUUAUGUGAGAACAUUAGGCCCCAGCGGCAUGUCAUUGUGUAAGGAAAAAUAAAAGUGCUGCUGUAACCAAAAAAAA